AAAUUAUUUCUAUAUUUUUACCACUCAGCCCCUCUAAAUACAACAAUAAUAAGCCGAGGCAAGAUUGAAGUCCCCUGGAAUUUUCAAUUGAAAACAUCUCCAAUGGCUGCAAAUACCAAUUGCAGUUUCUGUCGCGCCACCUACCUUUUCAAUCCCACGCUCAGGCCUCACCAACCUAUCAAUUCCCUUUCCGGCGCUAACUUCUUCAAACCUAUUUCUUCUCCCAGUUCCUAUCCUAACUUCUCGCUCCACAGGCAGAAAAUUUCUCGAACAAAAGGCGCGUACCGAUUAGUGGAGGUUGCUUGUUUGGUGGAUGACAAUUCUGAGACAUACCCAGAAGCAGAACCCAGCUAUUCGAAUACGGGUGCAAAUAUUGACAUAAAAUUGCCUAGAAGAAGCUUGCUUGUGCAAUUUUCUUGUAAUCAAUGUGGCGAAAGAACAGAGAGGCUCAUAAACAGAUUAGCCUAUGAACGGGGGCUAGUUUAUGUGCAGGGUGUGAGCAAUAUCACAAAUUAGCUGAUAAUCUUGGUCUUGCAAUCGAGUAUAAUUUGAUGGAGGACGAAACUUCAGAAUCAGAUUAAGCUUGAUAAGUGAAUGAAUUUCAGUCUUUAUGCAGUUUCUUCUUUAGAUAAUGUUGUCUGUGGUUGUAAUUCAAAGUUUCAAACUUCAUCUUUAUUAUGGAGCAACUUUGUAAGAAUUGGAAAAAAAAAAAUACAAAAAUGUUGACAAUCCA